UGAGUUGCACCUGGAAGUGGCCAUUGUUGACAGCAAGCUGCAAGAGUAUAAAAAAUGGAGAUGGAACAUUCUAAGCUACAGGACAGAGAGUUUUCUCAGGUCUGUAUCCAAUCUUGUCUUUAGCAACUGCUGAAGCCAUGGGGCCAAGACUCUUUCUGAGCGUUGCCUGGAUUUCUUUGUUGUUGGCUUGGACCCUCUUCAAAGAGGCAGAAGCACUCGCUGUGGGUCGGAAAACUGGUGCCAAGCUGAACCUUGGAGAAACUUCGGAUGACUUUGAAGGCGGUCUGUCUUUUGAUGAGGGAGAGCAGAAGCCAUCUAAAGUGAUAAACAAGGAAUACAAGAAGGCUCCACCAGCACAGCCACUGAAGCUGUUCUCAGGUGACCAAAAUCUGAUCACUAAGCCGCAUUCUAACGUGGAGAGAAUUGUUGGUGGUGCUUCUAGACAAUGGGAGUCCAAUGUGUUGGAGCCAAUCACUUUUCCUCUGAAAUCAGUGGACCAAGCUCAACCCAAGCCACUUUAUGAGUCCCAGUCCUCCCCUUUGGUUUAUGGAAGCAAAAAGCCUGUCCCACCAAGAUAUGGCAAGAUUACAACUGGAAUCCAAAAGGUGAAGCCCAAGCCUGUCCUUCCCUCCAAUUUUGCUUUCUUCCCCCCUAGCUUUGAGUCUGUGGUUCCUAGCAGUGGAGUUGGUAAUAAUGUUGCUGGUUCCACUUUCCAGCAGGGAAACCUUGAUUCAACACAGGGUGUUUAUUCAACUAAUGCUAUCAGUCCUGGAUCUCCAACCCCAGAAGAGGAGGAUGAUGAUCAGAUCUCCAAUCAAGAGUCUAACCUGAUAGAAUCAGCUGGCAAAGCCCCCAUUCAAAAGCAAAUUUCUUGGAUUUCACCAGCAGUUUCUAUUCCUCUUCAAAGUGAAUCCAGGCGCACACCAGAGUGGUUUGGACAGAGUAAUGAAAUUGACGAUUCAGCUAAUUUUGCUCAACCAACUUUGGCCAGAUGGCUAUGGGCCUUCCCGCCGUCCUAUUUCUCUGGUUUCUACUGGCCUAAUAUAAUGGGUCCUCUGGGUAGAUCUCUUCCAGCAAAAGCCACAGACCCACUGAAUGUGCUGUUGCCCCCAAAAGGCUUCGUCAUGCAUUCAAAGAAUCGGUACCAGCGACGAAGGAUUCAGAAAUCUAAACUGACCUACACACCUCACUACCAGAUGUUAAAGGGGAAACCUGGCAAGGGAGGGCAGAACUCUCACCCCUCCAACGUCUGAAAAAU